GCUGAUGCUUUUUGCUGCCAAAUAAUUUGUUACAGUAUAAUUUAUAAUUUAUCUUUCUUUUUACUUUAAUUUGUCCUGUACCAUAUUGCUAUUUCCAAUAACGGGUGUUACUUACCGCUUUACAGCCCUUUUCACUCCCCGUCACCCCUCUUAAGCCCUCCCUCCCUCCCUCUUUUUUCUUACAUUUACUUUCGCUUAUUUUACUUUUUUAUUUUUUAUUCAAUUCAAGAGACUUCAGCGCUCGCCGGCCACCUGUAAAUUAUAAAUGACUUUGCCGUCGUCAGAUUCCACUAUGGACGCGCUGACUCUGUCAAAGUACGACGACCUUCUGAGCGACGUUUUGCUGGACCAGGUGGGGCUGUGGUUCACGACGCGCAAAAUGUUCCCGCGCUACCGGCCGGCGCGCACCAGCCAGCCGGCCAUCUUGGACCUGGUCAAGCGUGUGGCCACAGGCGACCUGAAGAUCCCCGCAGCUGUCGACGAACUGCUGGUGCAGGAGUACAUCGCGCCGUUUCUCCGGCACAAGUCGGCGCUGCGGGUGGCGGACUUCCGACUGCACGCCGGGCGGUACUUCUCGAUGUACCUGCCGUCGGCCGGCUACGAGAUCAGCCAGACCGACCGCUACAAGGUGGUCACAGGUCAGAGCGAGGCGCGCAUCGUGGCGACGCGGCGGUACACGCUGGGCAUGGUGAUUUCGCUAUGCUCGGGCAGCGUUGCGCGGCUGAGCGAUGCCGAGAUCGACCGCAUGGAGCGCGAGCGCGCCGACUUUAGCGUCAUAUGGUGGAGCAAGAAAAAGAGCAUGUGCUUGUUCCUGGGCCCGGCGCGCUUCGUCAACCACGACUGCGACUCCAACUGCCGUUUCACGGCGCUCGGCUCCGAUGCCAUUUGCUUCCAGGCGCUGCGCACUAUUGAGCCCGGCGAGGAGAUCACGACGCACUACGGCAGCUGCUACUUUGGCGACGACAACUGCGAGUGCCUCUGCGCCACCUGCGAAAAGUACUCGCACGGCUGGUACGAGCGCCACAAGGUCGAGGAUGGCCGGGCGGUUGCGAUCAAGCCGCUGAUGAAGACUCCGCCGGCGGAGCCUAGCGCGGCGCCGUCGGACGUUGAAUCGGAGGCUGGGCCUUUACUGGUGGCCAAGACUGCUGAUGGCAUGCGCACACGCAAUAGGGGCUUAAGAUCGGUGACGCCGGCCAGCUGCCUGCCAAAGAGCACGCGCGACCGCAUGGCUGCUCUGGCCCUCCAGGCUGGCCUGACCCGGUGCACGGUCUGCCGCGACCUGCAGCCGGCCGCACAGCCGCUGACGCCGCCGUCCUCUAGCGAAAGCGACGAUGCGUCUGCGGUAGCACCAGCAGCAGCAGACGAGGCUUCCGCCAAGGGCGUGUGCCGGCGGUGUGUGCGCCAUAGCGCCCUCUUUGGGGUCUCGUGGCCCGACCGCCAGAGCCGCCAGGGCCGCCAGGGUCGCCAGCACGCGGCAGCGCGCAAGUCGCCGGCUAAGGCCAAGGUUGCCAAGCUGAAACGCGCCGGCAGCAGCAGCAGCAGCAGCGACGGUGCCGAUGACUCUGGGGGCUCCAAGAGGUACCGCGCGCACGGCACAAAAAGCAAAGCAGACCCCACAAUCUUCGAUGGCGCUCAGGGCCCGGCGCAUGCCACCGCGGCGGAGAUGUUUGCGGCCCUGGCUAGUGGCACCCCGGUGCUGGUCGACCCGCUGGACCCACAGGCUGAGCACUGGUGGCCGGCGGUCAUUGUCGACCGCGAGACAUUGACGGACGCCGAGGGCGUACAGACGAUAAGGCACCAGGUGCGAUACUUUGAGGACGGCUCCUACUCGUUCUGCCAGGCAGACGAGAUGCGGUUGUUUGAUCUCACGCAGCCGCCGUUUGCUGACUGGAUAAAAGACUCGGAUAACCAACCGGUAUUGAGGGACCUGGCUAUGCGCCGUGCCAUCGCCUACUACGAGUGGCGCUUCCUGGCCCCCGCCCAGCGGCUGCUGCUGCUGCCAAAUACUGCGGAGCAGCAGCCGCCUGCGGAGUGCCACGCCGGAAUCAACGAGGUCAUGCUUCUGCGCCGCGUCUACGACAAGCCUGUGCUGGACCAAACCCCGAUGACAAAAGCACUCGUUCAGUUCAAGCACUUUUUCUCUGCGACAUCACUGAAACCACCAUCCUCUUCUGAAGAACAAGGUGCUUCUGCCAGCAACAGCAGCGGUUGCUCGUUAGUGUCCGGCGGCGAAUCCGUAGACUCCAUUUGCCCUUACUUGCAUUCCCUGCGUGAUCUUGUGCAUGUUAUUGAUGCCCGCGACUGCAAAAUUUACAAGGCACGCAUAGUACACAUUGAGGCAAUGUCUAAUGGCCAGCGCCUGGGACUGUAUUACUAUGUGCAUUAUCUCGGCUGGAACGAAAAGUUUGAUGACUGGGUACCACCAUCCCGCAUUAUUUACAAUAUAUGACAUUUUUUAAUUUAUGAUUUAUAGCUUACUAAUUUGUCAUUUUAUGAUAUAUUCUAAAGCAGCAUGUGGACAAACACCGCUUGUGAAAAGUCUCAAAUAAUUUGUUUCAAUGUGGCCAUCUGAAUCGCAAAACCGCUCAUGAUUACAAAUAUGUUUGUUUUGGCUCGAUGAGUCACUGCCUUUAAAUAAAAUAAAACUCGAU